AUGUCAUCAUUUGACUCAUUACCAAGUAGUAAGGAUGAUGUCGACCCAGAGGUGGCCAGUUUUCUUCAGAUGGAAUCUCAAAAAGCUGAACUCCAAGCUCAGGUUCAUAAAUUGGCCGAUGUCUGCUGGGAGCAGUGUAUUGACCGUCCCCGAGACAAACUGGACAGCAAAACAGAAACCUGCGUCUCAAAUUGUGUAGAAAGGUUUAUUGACACCUCACUGACCAUUGCUACCCGUUUCCAGAAGCUUCUGCAAGGAGCAGCCGCUAAUAUGUAG